GUUGCCGUACAACAACAACAGAAAUGGCGUCUUCCCAGGAUGUCCACGUCCGUAUUUGUGGACAAGAAAUAAUCAAAUAUGAUCUCGAAAUUAAAGCUCUCAUUCAGGACAUUAGAGAAUGUCCGGGGCCACAAAGUGUGCUGAUGGAUUUCAACUCCAAAGUAAAAGAGAAAUUAAAUCAACUGCGACUGAGAAUCCAGAAUAUGGAACAAAUGGCUAAGGAACAAGACAGAGAGACAGACAAACAAGCCAUCCUGAGUGAGACAGAGAGUCAUCGCAGACAGAAUCUGAGUAACCAGACAGCUUGGAGGAAGGCAAACUUGGCAUGUAAACUGUCCAUUGACAACCUUGAGAAAGAUCAACUUCUGAAUGGUGGAGACUCUACUGUGAGACAGCGGAAGGCAACUAAGGAGAGUCUGGUCCAGACGUCUGGUGACAUCACAGAGAGCCUGAUGAGCAUCAGUCGUAUGAUGGCCCAGUCGGUGUCUCAGAGCGAGGAGACCAUCGGCACUCUGGCUACAUCUUCAAGAACAGUCCUGGAAACGGAUGAAGAGUUCAAAUCCAUGACAGGAACCAUACAUUUGGGAAGGAAACUGAUCUCGAAGUAUAAUCGACGAGAAUUGACUGACAAACUACUAAUCUUUCUAGCAGUAGCUUUGUUUUUAGCAACUGUCUUGUACAUUUUGAAAAAAAGGCUGUUCCCAUUCAUUUAGAGGAAAUUGUAAGCAAUUGCCAGUUUUUUUUGUCCUUUGAUAUUACUCCCCAGAACUACAUCUGUAAUGUCAUGCUGCAUUUCUACCAUUUCAAUGUCUUUCUUGCCCUACUACAGCCUUGUGCCCUAUUGUCUUGUGCAUGGACAUUUUGCAUCAUCAAAACUGUAUGUCUGACAUGUAUUAUCUAUCUAUACCACAGAGGAAUGACCUUUAAUGGUAAACUCAAUGAGAUGACAUUGCACCGCAGAUGUUGAGAUGAGCGUGAUGAAAUACUAACAGAGUAUCUUGAGCAUGUGCACUUCACGCUGCUACGACGUGGUAGCUACAGGACCAAAACAGAAGUUUAGCCUCGCGCAACUUGAUCCAUUGUUUCUUUAUUUCGUGCAUGCAACGUCAUCUCGCCGAGUCUUUACUGGCAGGAAUACUUUUUUAUUCCAUGACCUUAUUCUUACUGUAUAGUAUACCUCAAAUGUACACACUGGUGUUAGUCCAUACAAGGAGGAAAUAAUAAGUAUAAUAAAGUUUGGACGUAAUGUCU